CCACUCGCGAGCCGGCCGCUGCUGCUGGGCCGGACCCCCCGGGCUCAGCCGGGCUCCUUGCGGAGCCGCCGCCGCGCCCCGUUUGCUUAGGAGGAGGCCCGGGGCCGGGACUCCUGGCGCGGGCAUAAAACGGGCCGGAGUCGGCGCCUAGGGCACUAGAGCGGCGUACGGCCCGGGUCAGCGCCCAGCCGCCCGCGCUCUCCCGCCCCGCCCGACUGGGAGCGGACUCGGCGACUGCGAGACGAGCCCCUCGCCACUGCCCCCCUCCUGGCCCCGGCCCCCUCCCGCUGGCCCGCCUCUGGUCCUGCCCUACUCCCUCUCCUGCUCCCUCCUCCCGCCCGCCUCCCCAGCUGUCCGCUCCGCGUCAUGCCGAGCCUCCCGGCCCCGCCGGCCCCGCGGCUGCUCCUCGGGCUGCUGCUCCUCGGCUCGCGGCCGGCCGGUGGCACUGGCCCGGAGCCCCCUGCGCUGCCCAUCCGUUCCGAGAAGGAGCCGCUGCCUGUUCGGGGAGCGGCAGGCUGCUCCUUCGGCGGGAAGGUCUAUGCCUUGGACGAGACGUGGCACCCGGACCUGGGGGAGCCUUUUGGGGUGAUGCGCUGCGUACUGUGCGCCUGUGAAGCGCCUCAGUGGGCUCGCCGUGGGAGGGGCCCUGGCAGGGUCAGCUGCAAGAACAUCAAACCCCAGUGCCCCACCCUGGCCUGCAGGCAGCCGCGCCAGCUGCCAGGACACUGCUGCCAGACCUGCCCGCAGGAGAGCAGCACUCAAGAUCGCCAGCCAGCUGGCCUAGUCUUCGAGUAUCCAAGGGACCCAGAGCACCGCAGUUACAGCGAUCGAGGGGAACCCGGUGCUGGAGAGCGGACACGUGCUGAUGGCCACACGGACUUUGUGGCGCUGCUGACAGGACCGAGGUCGCAGGCGGUAGCUCGCGCUCGGGUCUCUCUGCAGCGCUCAAGUCUUCGCUUCUCUAUCUCCUACCAGCGGCUGGACCGCCCCAGCAGGGUUCGGUUCACAGAUCCCACAGGCAACAUCCUGUUUGAACACCCUGCUGCCCCGACCCAGGAUGGCCUGGUUUGUGGGGUGUGGCGGGCAGUGCCUCGACUAUCUCUGAGGCUCCUGAGGGCAGAACAGCUGCAUGUAGCUCUUGUGACAGCCACUCAUCCUUCAGGAGAAGUCUGGGGGCCUCUCAUUUGGCAAGGGGCUCUGGCUGCAGAGACCUUCAGUGCCAUCCUGAUGCUGGAAGACCCACAGCCUCGGGGUGUGGGGGGCAUAGCCCUGCUCACUCUCAGUGACACGGAAGACUCCUUACAUUUUUUGCUACUCUUCCGGGGUCUGCUAGGACCCAGGGAUGGAGGACCAGCUCAGGUUCCCCUGAAGCUUCAGAUUCUCCACCAGGGACAGCCACUCCGAGAGCUCCAGGCCAACACCUCAGCACAGGUAAGGGAAGGCCUGACUCUUGCUGCUGCUUGCCCUGGCCUCUGGCUGGCUGUUGCCCACCACGUUCCACUCUGUUCUCAGGAGCCAGGUUUUGCUGAGGUGCUGCCCAGCCUUACAGAGCAAGAGAUGGACUGGCUAGUGCGGGGGGAGUUGCAGAUGGUCCUAGAGAGGGCAGGUGGGCCAGAGCUACGCAUCAGUGGAUACAUUACUACCAGGCGGAGCUGCGAUGUCCUUCAAAGCGUCCUUUGUGGGGCUGACGCCCUGGUCCCAGUCCAGACGGGUGCUGCUGGCUCAGCCAGCUUCAUUCUGCUAGGAAAUGGCUCCCUGAUCUAUCAGGUGCAAGUGGUAGGUACAGGUAGCGAGGUGGUGGCCAUGACACUCGAGACCAAGCCUCAGCAGAAGAACCAGCGCACUGUCCUGUGCCACAUGGCUGGACUCCAGCUGGGAGGACACAUGGCUGUGGGUAUCUGCUCUGACCUGGGUGCCCGAGGGGCUCACAUGCUGCUCCAGAAUGAGCUGUUCCUGAAUAUUGGCACCAAGGACUUCCCAGAUGGAGAGCUUCGGGGACAUGUGACGGCCCUGCCCUACAGCGGGCACAGUGCCCACUAUGACAGAUUGCCUGUGCCUCUGGCAGGGGCCCUAGUGUCACCCCCGGUGCGAAGUCAGGCAGCAGGGCAUGCCUGGCUCUCCCUGGAUACGCAUUGCCACUUACACUAUGAAGUGCUACUAGCUGGGCUUGGUGGCUCAGAGCAAGGCACUGUCAGUGCCCACCUCCUCGGGCCUCCUGGGGUGCCAGGGCCCCAGCGGCUACUGAAGGGAUUCUAUGGCUCAGAGGCUCAGGGUGUGGUCAAAGACCUGGAGCCCGUGUUGCUGCGGCACCUGACGCAGGGCACUGCCUCUCUGUUGAUCACCACCAAGAGUAGCCCCAGAGGGGAACUACGCGGGCAGGUGCACAUCGACAGCCAGUGUGAGGUGGCAGGUCUGCGCCUGGCCUCAGAAGGAGCGCGGUUACCAGUGGCUCCAAAUGGAGAGGCAGCUGCCUUGCCUGUGUUGCCUGCUGGACCUGGGCCUGAAGCCUCAGUACCAGCCAAACACGGCAGUCCCGGGAGGCCCCGAGACCCUAACACAUGCUUCUUCGAGGGGCAGCAGCGUCCCCACGGGGCUCGCUGGUCACCCAACUACGACCCACUCUGUUCACUCUGCACCUGCCAGAGACGGACAGUGAUCUGCGAUCCUGUAGUGUGCCCACCACUAAGCUGCCCCCACCCGGUGCAGGCACUGGACCAGUGCUGUCCCGUGUGUCCAGAGAAACAACGCAGCAGAGAUUUUCCUGGGCUACCAAACUUGGAGCCAGGAGAGGGCUGCUAUUUUGAUGGUGACCGGAGCUGGAGGGCAGCGGGUACCCGGUGGCACCCCGUUGUGCCCCCCUUUGGCUUAAUUAAGUGUGCUGUCUGCACCUGCAAGGGGGCCACUGGAGAAGUGCACUGUGAGAAGGUGCAGUGCCCUCGCUUGGCCUGUGCUCAGCCAGUCCGUGCCAACCCCACUGACUGCUGCAAACAGUGUCCAGCAGUAGGGUCAGGGUCCCAGGCCAAGGUGGGAGACCCCAUGCAGGCUGAUGGGCCUCGGGGGUGUCGCUUUGCUGGACAGUGGUUCCCAGAGAAUCAGAGCUGGCACCCAUCAGUACCCCCCUUUGGGGAGAUGAGCUGUAUUACCUGCAGAUGUGGGGCAGGGGUACCCCAUUGUGAGCGGGACGAUUGUUCCUUGCCACUGUCCUGCGGCUCAGGGAAGGAGAGUCGAUGCUGUUCCCACUGCACAGCCCAAAGGACAGCCUCUGAGACUAGAACCCUUCCAGAGCUGGACAAAGAAGCUGAAAGCUCCUAGGGAGUGUGUCCAGAAGGCCACAUGACCAAGAGGAUGGGCCCGAGCUGGGAGAAGGAGCGGUGCUGAGGACCUUGACUCUCCUGUGGGAAGCCCAGUGCCUUUAACGCCUCUGUUCUGCUUCUUCUCCUCCCCUACUACCUCUGGGAACCGCAACUCUACAAGGGGAAAGACGGCUGGGUCAGACCAAGGCCAUAUCCACGCUAGCUCCUGCCCCAUUACUCUUUUGGCCUCUGCCCCAGAAGCCUAACUCUUUUCUUCUGUACAUAAUGCCAUUGGCUUAUUGGGAUUUUUUAAUUUAUCCUCACUCAGCGCCAAGGGUUCCCUCACACCAUUCCUGCUGCCCCUGAGCUGAGCAGAGUCAUUAUUAGAGAUUUUUGUAUUUAUUAAAAUGUUUUUUCAGUC